GGGCACAGUAGCAAUGCCCAGGAAAUGAAGGUGAUCAAUAGAUAAAGGCUGUGGUUGUGCAGCCUCCUCUUCCUCCGUCCCUUGUUUGCAUAUUCCAUGCAGCCUGUAACAUCAUAUGUCUGUUCACAUGUAUGAACAUGUAUAUGCACUAUAUACGUAUGCAUGUCACGCUAAUAAUCAUUAAGUGGCGGUGAUGUAUAUCAGCAGAUAAUACAGAAUAAAGGGACUGGACUUUAUAGAUACUACCUUCAGCACAAAGUACGGUAUAUUAGUGUAUAAUGUGUAUUACAGGGAGCAGUGAGAAGGAAAGGAUGAGGGGUUACCAUCACUGUUAUGAAUUCCUAAUAUUUGGUGUUAAUUCUUAAAGCAGACAGACACCACUGAUGCUUUGCCGUUAUUUUACCAUAGGUGAAGGGAUAAAAAAGCAUGCCCCAUGACGUCUUCCUGCUGCUUCAAAGACAUAAACCAGCUGCUGUUACUUGUUUGGGUAAAUACUGUAACAUGAGUCUCCACUGUGCACACCGGAGACAGCUUUUAAUAACUGAAUAUCCAGCCUGCCUAUAAAGGUGUCCCCGAGGAAAGAAUGAUGGGACUAGAAUUAGCAUUCAGAGCUAGAAAUGGGCAACAAGCAAACUGUUUUCACUCAAGAGCAACUGGAUGCGUAUCAGGACUGCACAUUCUUUACAAGGAAAGAAAUACUGAGACUGUUUUACAGAUACCGAGAUCUAGCCCCACAGCUAGUUCCGCUCGACUACACACGUAAACCAGACGUGACACUUCCCUAUGAACUCAUUGGCAGCAUGCCAGAGCUAAAGGACAACCCGUUCCGCCAGCGGAUAGCAGAGGUUUUCUCAGAGGGUGGAGAUGGCAACAUGACUUUAGAUGAUUUUUUGGACAUGUUUUCAGUGAUGAGUGAAAUGGCUCCCAGAGACUUGAAAGCUUAUUAUGCUUUUAAAAUUUAUGAUUUUAACAACGAUGACUACAUAUGCAAAUCUGAUCUGGAGAAAACAGUCAACAAAUUAACCCGAAAUGAACUCACCCCAGAAGAAGUGAGCCUUGUAUGUGAAAAGGUGAUUUACGAAGCUGACGUGGACAACGAUGGCAAGCUGUCUCUGGAAGACUUCCAGCAUAUGAUAAUACGGGCUCCAGAUUUCCUUAGCACAUUUCACAUUCGAAUCUGAAUCUAGUGAAACAUGUGGAGGCAAGCAUUUCCUGAACCUCCAACAACGAUUACUGAGAUCACCGUCCAUGAGGGAGCAAAAGGAAGGGAGCAAAGAGGACAACUUCUGGUAACUGAACCAGUCGCAGAACUCUGUCUCUUUUACAUCUUUAGAAAGAGCAAUUCAUUAAGCUCUUCAUCGUGAUUUCUCUGUCAUUUAUCAAAAUGUCUAUUUUCCUUGCAAUGU